AUGGCCUCCGAAGCUCCCGAUCCGCGUAGCUUCGCCACUUGGGAGGAUGCCUUCCAAUACCCUGUGCCGGUUGUUCGCAAGCUCGAGCAACAGCUCCGGAGCAAUGCCAACGAGAACAGGGAGAAGCUCCGCUCAUUGGUCGGAGCGAGCUACCGUGAUCUUCUGGGAACAGCCGAGCGGAUCAUAGAAAUGGACAACCAAAUGGAGCAUGUCGAGACGACGCUGGGGUCGGUGGGACAGAAGUGCAACUCCCGGAUGGUGGAUAGGAUAGGCAAGAACUAUGCCGGGCUGUCAACAUAUAUUCGGAAAUACGACGGGGAGCGAUACGCCUUUGCCGCCCAGCUUGCAGUGCUUCAGAGCUGUCCCACGGUCAUACGUCGCAUGCUGAAAAGGCGCUCCACGCUCACUGCUGCAAAACUGCUCGUACUCUCGCGUCUCCUGCAUAAGACGUUAUCCGCGACCCCAGAUGUGCCUCCCUUUGUCGACGCUCUCCAGAGCCAGCUGGCCUCGUUACGGCGAAAGUUGCUUCACAGUAUCGACAAGCAAUUCUCCAAAACGUCGGCCGAGAUCGCCGAUAUUCUGGAAAGUAUGUGUGCUUUUUCGCUGGCCACAAGCUCCACUCCUAGUGACGUUCUGCGUCAUUUCCACCACGUCCGCCUUGAAUCAAUCACUCGGCACGUUGAGGAGGGGCGCACUUCGCAAGAACACCUGCCACGAGCCUUGAAGCUUUAUGUCAAGACGCUAAACGACACGCACUCGAUUUUCCCAAGGCGUUUGGCGGAGGCGCUAGUAAAACUAAAAGCACGCCCUCUAUUGCAAGACCAAGAAAUCCAAACAAUCGCAGAGUUGAACCUCGACAUUCAUGAGCGCUGGAUAGUCGACGAGGUCAGAAACUUUACGCCGUGGCCACGACAUGAUGAACUUUCAAAGGCGGACUCCGAGAAGCUCACGAAGACGUGGGCGAAACAAGCCAUGAACACCUUCCUGGAUAACUUGCGCAAGGUACUGGCAGACCAAGAAGAUCCAAAAGCAGUCUUGGAGAUCAGAAGAGGGAUGUUGGAUACCUGGCUCUUGUCCGGAACCCGUAAUCUUGGAGUCGAUCCGGCAAAUGUCUUGGAUGAUCUUCGUGAUGUUGUCAACGAUCAUCUGCGCUCUCUCCUCAGUAUGCGGGCAAGUCGUCUCAACGCUGUGUUCUCCGAACUAUCCGAUGCACUCACCGCAUGGCAAGAGGGCAAGGUGGAUCAGCCGAUCUCCUUGUGGGAUCCCUCCACCACUUCAAUUGACAUAACCAAUGGCGCGCCUGCAUUUAAGCAGGCUAUCGUCGAAAGGAGCCAUGGCAUUGAUUCAGUUUUACGCCGUCUCAUUGAUACAUAUGAAAUUUGGGCUCGGUCCAUCGAAGAAGCUUCUACUGUGGUCAAGGAGAUGAAAGACACAAAAUGGGACGACGAUCUAGACGGCGAUGAUGACUACGACUUCGCCCUAGAGUCGAAACAGGCUCUUCUAAGCGAAGAUGACCCACGCUCACUCGAGGAUUCUCUACACGAGGCCUUGGUAUCCGCGCAUAAGACAUUACAAGAAGACGUCGCAAAUCUCGUUUCAGCAACCUUGACAGGAGCCUCCCAAGACUCCUCUUCCAAAGCUAUCCUGAUCCUUCGCUUGCUCCGAGAAAUCAGCCAGCGCCUACUGAACCUCACCAUAUCAACUAGACACACUGCCGCAAUCUCAUCCGGGUUUCCCUCUUCUACCACGCGGCCCCUCCAUCUCUCCGUUGCCUCGGUGGUCGUGUCCGCACCACUGUCAAACUACAUGACGUCCAUGGAGAAGUUUUUCCGCUCAAAUCGGACAAGGGCUAGGGCACUGUGGGAGGGCAAUCCGCCUCUCCCAGUGCAGCCGUCCGUCCCCACAUUCAAAUUCUUAAUGGCGCUGAAUAAAGGGAUGGUGGCGUGCGGAGAUGAUUUGUGGUCUGCAGGGGCGGUAGGCGUACUAAAAGACUUUUUGACUGCUGAGCUUGGCGCAGCACUGGACAGCUGCAUUAAGUCUGCUCGGAGUAGCUCAAAGGCAGUGGCCGAAGGAAGCAUUGCCGGCGAUGAUUCCCAAACCGGUGCCGAGAAAGAUCAACCUGUUGCAGAAAAGAGCAAUGACGACGUGCAGAGAGACAGACUGACUCAUUUAUUAUUUGAUGUCUUGUACCUGCAAAAAGCGCUAGCUCAGCGGCAAGCCACGCGACAAUCACCUUUGGUGUCGCUUGAGAAUCAGCUUCGAAAUGCAGUGGAUGCCGAUGCUGCAAUGCUCGACCGUCUAAGGAAGCAGGCAGCGGAUUAUUGGAAGAGGACAUAUCUUUUGUUUGCCCUCCUCAUGUGA